AUGAAGACCUUGUCACGUGAUAUUCAAGGCUUUGACCUGGUUUCCCAGUGGUUGAUCUGGACGGACAAUGUGGCGAACUUUGAUUUGGAGGGGCUUCCACUGAAUACGGCCAUUCUCGAGGAGAGACAAGCUUACCCACUGUGGCCACCCUUUACCAUUAAAGAUGACAGUACCAAUGGCGAAGUGACUUACUCAGGUUUGUGUAUCAUGAUGCUAGAUGAGCUCGGACUAAGACUAAAUUUCAGUUACAAACUUGUGGAACCCAGUGAUAACGAGUGGGGGAGACUUGACAACGGCAGAUGGACAGGCAUGAUGCAGCAGUUGGUUACAAAGCAGGCUGACAUGAUGGCGGCUGCUAUUUCCAUACAACAAGAACGCGAAGACGACGUGGAUUUUACAUAUCCAUUUUUCUACGACUACAAGGGAAUAAUAAUGAAGCACGAUACAAGUAACCUUGACGAUUGGGAUGAAUUGAUUGACCCAUUUCAGCCCGUCAGUCUUGUGCUACUGUUACUCAGUGUACCAACCAUGGCAGCGCUGCUGUGUGUGUGCGAGAACAUCACCCCUGCUAACCAACAGGAUAAGCGCUCAGACUGGCCUCUGGAUAUCAGUCCUUUCAAAAGUUUCUCCCAUUGCCUUCUUUAUAUGUAUGGUGCACUUUUGUGUGAGGGUGGUGAAGAUACGUGUAAGAGCCUGACUGGGCGAACUAUCCUGGCUUUCUGGUGGUUGUUUGCCUUGGUGGUCGGUGGCAUCUACACGGGGAAUCUGGUGGCAUCCAGGACAAUCACGGCCGCUGCUCCGGUCAUCAAUACCCUCACCCAGCUCCUGGAGCACCCAAGCUACCGCUGGGGGAUAGAACAGGGCGAUUAUUUGUCCAUGAUGUUUCCGACAUCCAAUAUUGAUAAAUACAAAGCAAUUUGGGCUGGAGUGGAAAGGUUCAACAAGACAGACCCCACUGUACUGAGCUCCAACUACUCUGCACACAUGGCGGCCGUCAGGCGUGGAAACUAUGCCUUCUUCAACGAUAAGUCAAUCCUGGCUGUUGAAGUGUCUAAGGAUUGUGAAAACCUCGUUUUGGCUACAGAGCAGUUUUUACCGAUGCAGUUUGCAAUUGGUCUUCACCAGUUCUCUCUGUAUAGACUCCAACUUUCAAAAGAGUAA